UCGGAACCAAGGAAGGUCGCCCUCGCAAAAUACCCUUAAUGUGUCCCAAAGGUUUGGCAUCGUCUGCACAGGUCGUCCUCAGUCAGAGAGGGCCGUGGGCACCGCUGAAGACCUUCUUCUGCAUCCUUUCAGACUCUCAGAAAACAUGGCUCCUCAUUUCAGGAGUCGGGAUUGGCUUUGGACGUUGGCGGGAUGUUUAACACGAAUGAUUCUCUUCACAUCACUCUGUGCUCCAGCUCUCGCUCAGCUGGAUUUGAACAGAUUAGAUGGCGACACGGUGUGCCCGACCAUGAAGAAUGGACAAGAUGACCUUCCAGGGUUUGAUCUGAUCACACAAUUCCAGCUGGAUGUGAUCCCUAUGAAGGGUGUCCGGAAGGUGGAAGGAUCUACACCACUUCAGGUGGCGUACAGACUCGACCGAGAAGCCAACUUCCAGAUUCCAACCCGGCUGAACUUUCCCAGAGGCUUCCCAGAUGAGUAUUCCUUCAUGACCACCUUCCGCAUGAUCAAGAACACCGUGAACAAGGUGUGGAACCUGUGGCAGGUGGUGGACGAGGAUGGACUGAAGCAGGCCGGGAUGCGUCUUAACGGGGAUCAGCAGGCUCUGGAGUUCUUCCUCACCACCCUGGAGGGAGAUGUGCAGACCGUCACCUUCCCAGGCCUUUCCGUGCUCUUCAACACCAAAUGGCACAAAGUGAUGGUGGGCGUGGAGAAGGAGCUGGUGACGCUGUAUGUGGACUGUCACCAGGUUGACCAGAAGGAGAUCAAGAGGAAAGGUUACGUCAACACAGAGGGAGACACUCUGAUCGGGAGGCUGGAUUCGGACCCCAACACUUCUGUAGUGUUUGAGCUGCAGUGGAUGCUGAUUCAUUGUGACCCGAAGAGAGCUCAGAGAGAGAGCUGUACCGAACUUCCUCUGGCUGAGAUGUUUGCCAAUGCUGAGCCGGAUCCCAAACCAAUCCCUGGUCCUCCUGGUUCUCCUGGUCCUGAAGGGCCUCGUGGUCCAGCAGGAGAAGAUGGCAGAGACGGGAGAGAUGGUAUUCCAGGCACCCCGGGCACUCCUGGAGCUCAGGGCAGUAAAGGAGAUCGAGGAGAGGUUGGUCUGCCGGGACAGAGAGGACUGCAGGGCGCUCCGGGACCAGUGGUUAGUAUUGAGACAUAUGGUCUUAAAGGGACA